AUGCUUUUCAAAUCGCUACUUGCGUCAGGUUUGUUAGCUGCUACUGCCUACAUAUCCUCAGUUCAGGCUGCUGACUUGCCCGCUAUCGAAAUUGUGGGCAACAAGUUCUACUACUCCAACAAUGGCUCGCAAUUCUUUAUGAAGGGGAUUGCUUACCAACAAAAUACUGCAAACUCGUCCGAUUCAUUCGUUGACCCCUUGGCCGAUGGCAGUGCUUGUAAAAGAGACAUUCCCUACUUGCAAGCUGUCGACACAAACGUCAUUAGAGUUUACGCUUUAGACGUGUCGGAAGACCACACCGAGUGCAUGCAGGCCUUGACUGAUGCUGGUAUAUACGUUAUUGCCGAUUUGUCCCAGCCUGACGAGUCCAUUAAUAGAAAAAACCCCCAGUGGAACUUGGAUUUGUUCCAGAGAUACACCGAUGUCGUGGACAAGUUCCACAACUACACCAAUAUCUUGGGUUUCUUUGCCGGUAACGAAGUGACUAAUGACCACACCAACACCGAUGCUUCAGCCUACGUCAAGGCCGCUAUCAGAGACACCAAGGCCUACAUCAAGGCUAAAAACUAUAGAACUAUCCCAGUUGGCUAUUCUUCGAAUGACGAUUCCGAGUAUAAUGUCGCUUUGGCUGACUAUUUUGCUUGCGGUUCUCAAGAAGAUAGAGCCGAUUUCCUUGGUAUCAACAUGUACAGAUGGUGUGGCUCAUCCUCAUACACGGCUUCUGGUUACUCAGAUGUUACUGACGACUACAAAAACUUGGGAAUCCCCAUUUUCUUUUCCGAAUAUGGUUGUAACAAAGUCACUCCAAGAAGAUUUGAAGAAGUUGGCACUUUGUUUGGUAGCCAAAUGACCAAUGUCUGGUCCGGUGGUAUCGUUUACAUGUACUUUCAAGAAGAAAACAACUAUGGUUUGGUUUCCGUUAACUCCAAUGGUGACGUUUCCACUUUGAGCGACUACAACAACUACAAGUCCCAAAUCCAAAGCAUCAGUCCUUCCUCGGCUUCUAUUAGCUCGGGUGUUUCUACUGGUGCUGUCUCUGCUACCUCGUGUCCUACCUCGACUGAUGUAUGGGCCGCCUCAACCGAUUUGCCACCAACCCCAGACAAGGACAUUUGCGACUGUAUGAAUGCCUCAUUGAAGUGCGUUGUGAAGGACUCGGUCGACAGUGACGACUAUGCUGACAUGUACGACUAUGUCUGUUCCAAGAUUGACUGCAGUGGUAUCUCGACAAAUGGAACCACUGGUAAAUACGGUGCCUACUCGCCAUGUUCCGAUAAGGAGAAAUUGUCGUUUGUGUUGAACUUGUACUACAUGGACCAAAAGCAAGCAUCCUCAGCUUGUGACUUUAGUGGAUCAGGAUCAUUAAAGAGUGCUUCUACCGCGUCAUCGUGUUCUGCUUAUUUGAGUUCUGCUGGUGUUUCAGGUUUCGGUUCCUUAAAUGGUUCAGUUAGAACCGAUACUUCGCAACCUUCAGGAGGCAGCGGCAACGGUGGCUCGAGCUCGGGAUCUUCAGGAUCCGGCUCAUCUUCUGGCAGCUCGUCGUCCUCCACGUCUUCUGGUUCCAGCGAUAAGAAAUCGUCGGCUUCUACUGUUUCGUUAACGUUAUUCACUAAAGUUGCUGUUGUCGGUCUUUCAAUGGUUGUUGGUGUCGGUAUGAUUAUGAUCUAA